CCUUCCUCCUGGCCGCCCAAUUGCCGACUUCGCUUCUGUCGUGUCGUCUCCCCCUCCCCGCUGACAGAGUCAUGCCAUCUCACAUCGCAUCCCAGCGAGUACUGGCAACCACUUACCGAAGCUAUACCACAGCAUCAGCCAACAUAGCAGCAAGGACCUUCUCCACUGCUUCUGCCAGAGUACCCUCUUCCCGCCUCGCCUCGCCCAGAGUCGCAGCAGCUUCUUCUCCGCUCCUUCGAGCCUCCUCCACCUUUGGCAAUACCACCCCUGCAUUCACUUCGAGGACAUUUGCUACCACGAUGCCCGCCGCAAGCAAGAUCAAGGUCCAGAAUCCCAUCGUGGAGAUGGACGGUGAUGAGAUGACACGAAUCAUCUGGCACAAGAUCAGGGAAGAGCUGAUUCUGCCUUUCCUGGACGUCGAGCUCAAGUACUAUGAUCUCAGCAUUGAGAAUCGUGAUGCCACCGAGGAUCAGGUGACAGUCGAUGCUGCCGAGGCCACCAAGAAGUACUCGGUGGCCGUCAAGUGCGCUACUAUCACCCCUGACGAGGCUCGAGUCAAGGAGUUCAACCUCAAGAAGAUGUGGCUCUCGCCCAAUGGAACCAUCCGAAACAUCCUCGGAGGUACCGUAUUCCGUGAGCCCAUCAUUCUGAACUCCAUCCCCCGGCCCGUGCCUGGAUGGGUCAAGCCCAUUUGCAUCGGGCGUCACGCCUUUGGUGACCAGUACCGCUGCCAGAACUUUGUCGCACCGGGACCUGGAAAGUUCACCAUGACCUACACUCCUUCCGACGGCGGUGAAGAGAAGAAGUGGGACGUCUUCAACUUCCCUCAGAGUGGCGGUGUGGGAAUGGCAAUGUACAACACCACCGAGUCCAUCUCUGGCUUUGCGCACGCCUCCUUCAAAAUGGCCAUUGACAAGAAGAUGCCCCUCUACAUGUCUACCAAGAACACCAUCCUCAAGGCAUACGACGGAAAGUUCAGAGACACUUUCGAGGAGAUCUUCGAGGCUCAGUACAAGGCCGAAUUCGAGAAGCUAGGCAUUUGGUACGAGCACAGGCUCAUCGACGACAUGGUCGCCCAGGCCAUCAAGUCCGAGGGAGGCUUCGUCUGGGCUUGCAAGAACUACGACGGAGAUGUAAUGAGUGACAUCUUGGCCCAAGGAUUCGGCUCUCUGGGUAUGAUGACCUCGGAGCUGAUCACUCCAGAUGGACAGAUCAUGGAGAGCGAGGCGGCCCACGGAACAGUCACGAGGCAUUACCGUGAGCACCAGAAGGGCAAUGAAACCUCGACCAACUCUGUGGCUUCCAUCUACGCCUGGACCCGUGGACUGAACUUCCGGGGCAAGCUGGACGGUAACAAGGAGCUGCAGAUCUUUGCCAAAGAGCUCGAGACUGCCUGUGUGGAUGCCAUUGACCGUGAGGGUGUAAUGACCAAGGACUUGGCACUGGCAAAGAAGGGAAAGCAGAUGCAGAGGUCCGACUAUGUCACAACGACUGAGUUCCUCGACCACAUCAGGGAGUCCCUCAAGGAGAGGCUUAGCAAGAGGGGUAUCGCUGCCGGAAAGCUAUGAGAUGUGCGGCGACAUGAGGGUGGUCUGUGAGACAUCAGGGAGGACAGCUGGG